AUGAGAGUGAAAGAAGAAGUAGAUAUUGAGCUUCUCAGAGUCACUGUUCCUGAAACCAAGCUCUUCCUGGGUUCCUCUCUGAAUGACCACACGGGAUCAUAUGCUACUGUAUUGACUGGGGGGGGAGGUGGCGUUGCAACAGUGAUGAGGGAGGUAGGGAACAGACUGGACACAGAUGAACUGAUCAGCAGAAGAGACAACACCUCACUGCAAGGCACAGUGACUACUGCUGCAGCUGCAAGAGAAGCAGGAGAAGAGGGAGAUAUGAUAAUGAGAGUGAUGCUCUCACAGCUCAUUGACACUGCUGUCUCCAUCUUCAACCUGGCUUUCUUGGCGGUCAUGGAGGCUGCAGCUGCAUCAUGA